AUGUGCCUACCUCUGUGUUCCAGAGGCAAGCUUGGUGCCUUCACACACACUGUAUACAUUGAACCCACUCCCAAUGGGUAUGUGAUGGGAAUAGAAUCAAACAACGAAGAAAUUAUAGAGCAGCAUCUGUGGGCAAUGAUGAAAAGGAAAGAUGCAUGUGAUUACUUCAGUGUUCAUGUGACCACUUGUCUCUAUUUUAGACACAAGCAGAAACUGAAUGACAAAAAGUCACCUCAGCCACCUCUGCCGCCUCGGGAGGAAAAUCUCCUGACAACUCGCGGUCUACGGACUACGACUCCCAGCAAGCACCGCGCCGCUUCUCUCUCCGCCCCCUCCACGGGGCACGCAGGCGCCCUGGGCUCCGUCAACAAGCCGGGCUGGCGAAGACUGGAUACAGUUCCUUAUGGGAUUUGUAGUUUUUUUGGAGUUAGUUGGGCCGUAAGUCAAAGGGACAAAGACUACAAGUCUCGGCGGCCCCAGCGUGACGAGCCCGGUCACGUGGCAGGGGGCCGACCGGGCGUGCGUGCCGCCGUUGAUCCGGUGCUGCAGUGA